AUGGAAUUUUUCAACUCUGCUCCAGGGAAAAAUAUCACUUUUAUGCGUCCUCCAUAUUUCAUAAUAAGAGGAUUUAUUGGUAUACCUAAUGUAAAAUAUUAUUAUGUUUUUCUGUUUUUUGUCUAUAUUCUUUCAGUGCUGGGGAACACAGCUGUCAUGGCUGUAAUAUAUCUGGAUCAUAACCUAAGAACUCCAAAGUACAUAGCAGUUUUUAACCUUGCGUUUGUGGACCUGUUUGGCAGUUCUGCUCUGGUUCCAAAGGUUCUUGACAUCUUUCUGUUUAACAAUAACAUAAUUCCCUACAAUGACUGCUUGACAUUCCUUUUUUUCUGCUACACAUGCCUUUCGAUGCAGUCUUUUAAUCUGGUUGCUCUCGCCUAUGAUCGACUGGUAGCCAUCAUCUACCCUCUGCACUAUCAAGUGAAGGUGACCAACAGAUUUAUGUUAUCUCUGAUUGCCUCUUUCUGGCUCUUUGCUAUUAUUGCUGUUAUGAUUUCAGUUGGUCUUAUUACAAGACUUUCAAUCUGUAAAUCUGUAGUUAUUAACAGCUAUUUCUGUGACCAUGGCCAGAUCUACCGUCUAGCCUGUAAUGACAAUUUUCCCAAUGAUGUAGUAAGUUUUCUUUACCCAGUUCUUAUUUUUUGGCUUCCACUGGUUUUUAUCCUGUUAAGUUAUCUGUAUAUUGGCUAUACUUUAGCUAAAGUAGCCACAGUUGAAGAAGGAAGCAAAGCCUUUAAAACAUGCAUAGCUCACCUCUUAUCAGUAGUAGUCUAUUACACCCCACUGUUGAUUACAUUUACUUUGAUGGAAAAAAUACAUCCAAAUAACAGGAUCAUAAAUCUGUCUCUGACCUCAGUUGUUCCUCCCAUGUUAAAUCCAAUUAUUUAUGUUCUUCAGACACAAGAAAUCAAAUUAUCAGUAAAAAAAUUAUUAAAAAUUCAUGUGAGAUCUAAAGUGACAAAUAGAAAAUCAGUGAUAGCGUGA